UCUUCUCUCUCUGUUUCUUUCUCUCUCUACUCACAAUGGUCAACAAGUAGUAGAAGAAAACCCGUAUAAAAAGUUGCAAUCUUGGUGGGAUAAUUUUGUGGGUAGUGAGGGUGGGGGUGUAUUCGCUAAUUUGUCAAAUUCUUGUAAAGCACCGACCCUUAAUUCAUAUUUUGUAGGUAUGGAAUUCUUUUCUUUCCCUUUCUAAAUUUUUGCUCUCAUAUAGAGAUGGGCUAUAGAGAUAAGAAGAAAAAGAUAUAUCCUGUUAACCCUAGCUACCUAGCUCUCACAUUUAUUCACACUCACCACAAAUACUUCAAUUUUCCAUAUGCCAACACUGCUUUUUUGCUUCUUCUUCUUCUUAUGGUAGUGACAGUACAAAUCAAGAAUUGAAGAAGAGCAAAAGUAGCAGCGGAGAUAUAUGUUAUACAUAUUUGUAGCUGUUCUUGUAUAUAUUUCAUUGGUUGUUGUUCUUGUUGUUGGUGGUGCUGGGUUGUUAAUUCUUCAAUCUUCACUUUCAUACCUCUCUCUGUCUGUCUUUCUUUCUUUCUCUCUCUCUCUCUCCUGAUUAGAUCUGUCUCAGUUUCAGUUGAUUUGACAAGUUUAAUCAUGAAUUUCAUGUCGGGUAGGCCAGGGUUUUAUGAAGACAUUUCUGGGACUAGAGGUACUUCAUCCUCUUCCUCAUCAUCUUCUUCCUCUUCUUUUCAACACAAGGGUCUUCCCCUUUACGCCCACCAACGUCACCAAGAAGCCUACGGCCAACCGCCGGAAUCAUCCCCCACCAACAAUGGCAGCGCCGGGGACGAGGAGUCCGAUUUCGAUCACAUGCUUGUCCGAAGAGGUGCAGAGGGCAUGAGCAGCACCGGUGCGGCUGCUGUGGUGAUCGAGAGGGAGCACAUGUUCGAUAAAGUGGUGACGCCGAGCGAUGUGGGCAAGCUGAAUCGGUUGGUCAUACCCAAACAGCACGCCGAGAAAUACUUCCCGUUGGACUCGUCGACCAACGAGAAGGGACUCUUGUUGAAUUUCGAGGACAGGAAUGGGAAGCCGUGGCGAUUCAGGUACUCUUACUGGAACAGCAGCCAGAGCUAUGUGAUGACUAAGGGUUGGAGCAGAUUUGUGAAGGAGAAGAAGCUGGACGCCGGGGAUAUUGUGUCCUUCCAGCGGGGAGUGGGUGAGUCGGGGAAGGAUCGGCUUUUCAUCGACUGGAGGCGCCGCCCAGAUGCGCCGGAGCUCCCGCCUCCUAUACCCACCUUGUCAAUCCCGCACCAAUUCUCUUUUCACAGGUCUAUUCACCCCUGGAAUCCCCUCUAUUUGCAGCCACCGUCCAGGGACUAUUCACACUUGCUCCAGCCCAGCACCAUUUCAACUACACAUCAAUAUCAAUCACAUCACUAUCAUCAGCAUCAUCUUCCCACCGGCUAUGCAGCCCCUUACGCCUAUAACAACAGCGUCGUCAAUGGAAACCCUUGCCCGCCCGGCUCAAUUAUGUACCUAAGAUCGGGCCCAGGCGGAGGGGGAAGCGGAGGUGGAGCAGGCGUUUUGGGUCCGCAAGAGUUGGGACUAGUGCACGCGCAAAGAGGGAGUGGGGUUGGGGUUGAACAAAUGGUAUUCGAGUCGGUGCCGGUGGUCCAAGGCAAGGCUGCAGCAAAGCGACUGAGGCUGUUCGGCGUGACCAUGGAUUGUCCCAUUUCUGAGUCAGAUGAAUGUGAUAUACUGUCCUCUACCACCCUACCCCAUUCCACCACAAUGCCAGACCAGCAACAGUUGCCCCCUUUCGAUUCUUCUUCUUCUUCCUCAAUUCCUUAUCUCCAGUUAAGGCCUUACAAUCACAGCGACGACGACGACGACAACGACAAAGGCAAGGGCGCUGCAAUGUCUUUAGACUUGGACAUCUGAAUUCCCGGAAAUAAUUUCAGGAACGCGUUGGGAAGGAGUCAUUAGUACAUCAAAUGAGGCGAGCCCGCCCACCCUGCAACGCUUGAUCGAUCGAUUCCCGAACUGGCCGUAUAAUUCCCGGUGGUGGUGUUUCAUGAGUUUUGAGUACGCUGUGUAUAAUCAAUGACAGAAUACUAGAUAGAUAGAUGAUAGAUACAUUUUGUAGAUCCUUGACGCCCGUUAUUUUAUGCUUUUUCCAUAUGUAGGGCCUGGAUCCUCGACAUGUAUCCAUGCCAUAGUUAAACAAUAUUGCCCAAGAUUCUUACAUAUUCAGCUACUUAUUCAUAUUCCUUUAAUUCAUAUAUAUAUACUUCUGCCA